AUGUCGACCUCUGGCUCCACGUGGACCCCUUUACCAUACCCUUCUCGCAUACCAAGCAGCUCUCAUACUCCCUCGGUUCCCAGCACCACCUUCCACAUGCUCGUCACCGCCGUAAAGGCUCACCGUACAGCGAUUCAUACUUUCAUCUCAGAUCCGUCCUCUAAUCACUCUUACACCCUUCCUUCUCUAGAAGCCACCCAAGUCUCUCUUGUCCUGGAAGUUGCCAAUUUCCGAGCCGAACUAGAAGGGUUGGCACAUGAGUUGAGCGAGUAUCGGGAUCAGAUCCUCGAAAUGCCGGCAGAGAAGGGGGGGCUCCGGCGUGAGACGUUGCAGGCAGUGAUCAAGUCCAUUGAAGAACGUGGUGAACUAGGGCGGAAGCUGGACCUGAUGGAAAAGGAUCUGAAAUAUUAUGCGAGGAGACUGGGGACCGUGAGAAAUCACAUAGGGCCUAAGGGUCCAAAGGCGCAAUUGGCGAGGAGUAGAUAUAUUGGGACUCUUGCUAAGGACUAUGUUGACACCCUGGUCGAUGAAGUCAUCGCCAGCGAGAUGAACCGAUGAUGUUGGGUGUAAGUAAGCAGUAUAACGCGCUUCUAACUGCCGCUGCGACCGUAUUUACAUAUGGCAGCGUCCCCUCCCUCAACAUCAGUAGCCACAUUGAGGGUGAUGUCGGUAUUAAAGGAAAAGAGUGGUAGAG